GUCUCUCCUUUCCUUCUCAGGGCAUCCAACGGCUCGGCCAAUCACUCCCUUCCGCGGAAACACGGAGCCGCCCCCACCACCCCCCACGUCCUUGGAACACACACUCUCUCUAACCACCCUCUUACUUCUAUUUAACCACUCUUAAACCCCGAGGUCGAGUUCAUUUGUCCUUCCACCAGCUCCUUUCUGCAUAAAAAAACGUCCCCCAUCCGCCUCUUUUCCGCCCCCCUUCACUUCCUCUCCUUCUCCCCGUCCAUCAUUGCACCUUGAGUUAGAGGUUGACGGGCGAAACGAAGCAGAAAGAAUUAUUAGUUGUUUUUCUUUUGAUGAGAUCGGAGAGGUUAUCAUUGGGUGAGGACUGAGGAGGAAUUUGUAUAGGAUGAGCUGCAACGGGUGCCGGGUGCUUCGAAAAGGUUGCAGCGACACGUGCAUCCUCCGGCCGUGCCUGGAGUGGAUCGACAGCGCGGAGGCUCAGGCCCACGCCACCGUCUUCGUCGCCAAGUUCUUCGGCCGCGCCGGCCUCAUGUCCUUCCUCUCCUCCGUCCCCUCUCCCCGCCGCCCCGCUCUGUUCCGAUCGCUGCUGUUCGAGGCGUGCGGGAGGGCGAUAAACCCGGUGAGCGGCGCGGUGGGCCUGCUGUGGGCCAGGAAGUGGCACCUAUGCCAGGCGGCGGUGGAGACCGUGCUCCGCGGCGGAGCCCUCCGCCCGCUGCCGGACCUCGCCGGCGCCGCCGCCGAGGUCGGGGAGCUCUACGGGCCGCCUCCCAAGAUCGGCUGGACGGCCUCGGAGGGUUCUCCUCCGUGUGAUCUGGAUUUGUGUCUGAUGCCAAGGUCACCGACGGAGGCCGGGGAGCCGCGGCGGCGGGCGGCGACACCGUCGAGGAACUCGGAGGAGUCGGUGACGACGAGCGCAGGCACCGGCGAGGUAAAUCUGGGGCUUUUGAACCUUUUCGUCUGAGCGCGGCCGCCGGUGCGGGGAGGGGUGUUCUUGUCCCCGUUGAUGGUUUUUCAAAUGCGGAAAUGGGAAGACCAGAAGGAUUUUUCUUCUCUCUUCUUUUCCUUUUCUUUUAGUUUGUAUUUACAUUUUGGUGCAAUUGCUGGCAUUGAGUUCAAGAGUGAGAAAAAUGAAAUAGAUGUCGGUAGUCUACGUAUUUGUAAUUAUUAUAUCGUUUAUCAGCCUGGAGUUGUUUGUUGUUGUUGUUGUUA